AUGUCGGCCGGCACUGGCUUUGACGGGGGUCGUGAUGGGGGCGGUAGUGAUGGGGGCGAUGGUGAUGGGCGUCGUGGUGAUGGAGGCGGUGGUGAUGGGGCCGGUGGUGAUGGAGGCGGUGGUGAUGGAGGUGUCGGUGAUGGAGGCUGUGGUGAUGGAGGUGGUGGUGAUGGAGGUGGUGGUGAUGGGGGUGGUGGUGAUGGGGGUGGUGGUGAUGGGGGUGGUGGUGAUGGGGGCGGUGGUGAUGGUGGUGUCGACUUGAUUAUCCUCAUUUCUCGUCUUGGCCGCGCCGAGCCUUCGAAUCCUCCGAACCAAAAGGUUCGCCCAGAGGUCACGUCAGGUCCGCCCGUCGCCCGCCACAGCCCCGGCGCGCGCCCCACGGCGUCCGAUCUGGACCCCUUCCUGGACGCGCAUGAACCCUCGGCGGGUGCGUGCGUCGGAUCCUGGCGUCGGGAGUCGGGCGGUCUGGACCCGCCUCUCGGAUUGCCAACGGUCGAGACAGGGUCGGCCGCGGCCCAUGGGCUGCCAGGGCGGCCAAUGGAGGAUGGCCGUGGCCGAGGACCUGUAUCUGCCACUUCGGGCCAAGUUGCCUCCGCAAGGUUCGUUCCGACGUCGAGCGGCAUACGGAGCCGGCGCAAGGUUUACGUCUCCUCUCCAUCUGGCACCACCGACGACGUCCUUGCCCCGCGCCGCACCACCACCCGCACCCCCCCCCCCCUUUCCCAUCGGCUGGUUCCAUCGGCGCUGACCUGA